AGCAGGUGGCAGACUGUGGCUGGUCCGUUCUCCCAGGACCUCCCUGUCUCCCAUAACCUCUUCAUCCUCUCCCCCAACAACAAACUCCUGGUGACCUGCGGACAUUGGGACAACAGUUUCAGAGUAUUCUCCAUCGAGAGGAGCAAGCUGCUGGCCAGGAUCGAACACCAUGAGGAUGUGGUGAUGUGCAUGGCUCUGGACAGGGUGGGGACUGGAGACCAUCUCAUUACUGGAUCACGUGACACCACUUGUGUCGUGUGGAGGUUUGGCUCAAACGAAGUGUACGAUCAUCCAUUACAGACAUUGUAUGGUCACGACAGUGAGGUAACAUGUGUCGACAUCAGCACAGAGCUAGAUAUGACAGUCAGUGGAGCCAAGGACGGGACAUGUAUCAUCCACACCGUCCAGAGAGGCCACUACAUGCACACUCUCCUGCCUCGCAAGGAGAGACACAAGUGUGUCGUCCGCCACGCCCUCAUCUCACCCCUCGGCAGACUCCUCGUCUACACCGAGGACAAACUCGCCAGGUCAAAGGAUAUCCAGUGCCAGCUGAAGCCUCCAUGUCUCCAUCUCUACUCCGUUAACGCAGCUCUUAUCACGGAGAAAGAUCUCAGCGAAUGUCUCAAUGACGUGGUCAUUGUUGAGAAUUUCAUUAUCACUGGUAACGCCAGGGGUUUCCUCACAUUCCGGGACCUCUUCACCAACAAGUUCCUACCAACUGAGAAUGGAGAGGAGCUGCAGUUUCACCGCAGGAUCUCCUCCUCUGGUAGCCAGAGAGCAGUCUGCAGUCGACAUGCUGGAGAGCUCCUCAAGAUGUACUGCUUCGACUGCCAGAAGAGAGUCUGUCGUGACUGCACCACCUCUGAACACAAGGAACACAAGUGUGGCUUCAUGAAUUCGCACGACGUGGCAAAGAAAGAGAUAAUGUCCACUCUGGAGCCAGUCAAGGAGUUCAAUAGCAGUGUUCUGGAGGCUUUGGGGGAGGUACAGUGGAGCAAAGGUGCCGUGGUGUCUCAGGGGAAGGCCGUGGAGCAAAUGAUCUGUGACUCCUUUGAGAAGCUGCAGGUGAUUCUGGAGCAGAGGAAGGAGACCCUUUUGCAGCAUUCGCGAGAGAUUGUGGAGGGAAAGGCGCAGGUUUUGGAAGACCAGGAGAAGGAGAUGAAGGAGGCACAGAGCGAAAUGACAGAGCUCAUCAGCUACGUUGACAAGACUGCGUCGAAGACAUCGGCCGAGCAGUUUGCUGCCAUGAAAGAUGACCUGUGCACGCAGAUGCUGGAGCUGAUGCACAAGAAUCGCAAGCUGUACCUGCGCCCCAAGGAAGUUGCCAACACUGCAAUCCACAAUGUACAACCAGAAAUGCUUGCCAGACUUCUGGAAGAGAGCAGCGAGGUGUACGAGUUUCAGCCUGACCCUUCUCGCUGCAUCCUGCAGGGCGCAGGGCUCGAGGCAGCAACCACCAACCAGGAGGCCAGGUUCACACUUGACCUGGUGGAUGUUCAAGGGCACAUCUGCCAGACGAAGCAGGCAGUGAGAGCUGAGCUGAAGUCAGAGGUGGAGGAAAACUCAACCACCAUCAAGGCCACGCUACUCAACCACUCCUCCCCGACCUACGAACUGGGAUACGUUCCGGUCCAGCGAGGGAGACAUGUUCUGUCUGUCCACGUCAACAACAUCGACAUCGCGUCGUUCAAGGUGUUUGUCCAGUACCCACCCACCCAGCUGGACAAGCCAACGACUAUGAUUAAUGGGGUUCUCCCCAAUCGAGUAGCUCUCUCGCCUGAUGGUCUACUGUACGUCAGUGAGUCGCAGCAUUCUCGAAUCUCCAUCUUCAGUCGUGACGGAAGCAAGGUUCGGUCCAUCGGGAUGAUCGGAUCUCCUCCGUUUGGAUACACUCGCACCACUGGCACUGCAGUUCACAGCAAUGGAGACGUAUACGUGUCUACGUUUGCCUCGAAGGUCUACCGGCUCAACAAAAAGGGAGAGGUGAUUGGUUGUGUGGGGAAGGAGGGAACGGGAAACGGAGAGUUCAAGUGGGCUGACGGGAUAAAGAUCUUCAACGAUCAGCUGUACGUCUGUGACUAUGGCAACUCCAGAAUCAAUGUCUUUGAUCUGGACCUGGGGUUUGUCCGCACGUUUGGGAAGGCGACGGAAGGACCUGGGAAACUGACCAACCCGGCAGAUCUGGCUCUCGACAGCCGAGGGAACGUGUACGUGGCCGACUACAGCUCACACAAGGUGGUGGUGUUCUCUGCCGACGGGAGCUACCUCUCUGAAUUUGGAGGACACGGGGAGGAAAACGGGAGACUCAAGUCCCCAGUCGGGAUCUGCACCACGCCCCACUACGUGUACGUCUCAGAGCAGGGGAACAAUAGGAUCUCAAUAUUCCACACCUCGGGCCAGUUUGUGGGGACCCUGUGCAAGGCGGGGUCAGGGGAGGGAGAGCUCAACUAUCCCUGGGGUAUUGCCGUCGACCAAGAUGGCUUCCUCUUCAUCUGUGACUCUAAAAACAACCGCAUUCAGAUCUUCUAG